GUGGGUUGGGUGGUUGCUGUUACGUUGGUUCUAACUUCUAAGUUCCAACGGACUCUCGUCGUGGCCUUCCCAAUUCGCGAUACCGCGUAUCGUUCUCAACCAAGGAAGUGGCAAAACCAGAACGAAAGGGCAAGGCGAGCGAUCGAUCAAGAUUUCUCGACCGGGAUUUUCUUUGAAUCAGAAUGGGGAACGCGUACUGCCUCCUCUGCGGCUGCGUGGACCAGGCCAGCAUCGGCGUGGUGGAGCGAUGGGGCCGCUUCGAGCGAUUGGCCGACCCAGGGCUUCACUUCUUCAACCCCUUCGCCGGCCAGUGCCUCGCCGGAAUUCUCUCCACCAGGAUCAAGUCGCUCGACGUUCGCAUCGAAACCAAAACCAAGGAUAACGUGUUUGUGCAAUUGGUUUGCUCGAUUCAAUACCGAAUCGUCAGGGAAAACGCUGAUGACGCUUUCUACGAGCUAGCGAAUCCUCAAGAGCAGAUUCAGGCUUAUGUGUUUGAUGUGGUUCGAGCUCUAGUUCCGAGAAUGCCGUUGGAUGAUCUCUUUGAACAGAAAGGAGAGGUUGCUAAAUCAGUUCUGGAGGAAUUGGAGAAGGUGAUGAGUGCUUAUGGGUAUAACAUCGAGCAUAUGCUGAUAGUCGACAUUAUACCUGAUCCCUCUGUGCGGAAAGCCAUGAACGAGAUCAAUGCAGCUCAAAGGCUUCAACUUGCAAGCGUAUACAAAGGGGAAGCAGAGAAGAUUCUUUUGGUCAAGAAGGCAGAAGCUGAAGCCGAGGCGAAGUACCUUGGCGGAGUAGGAGUGGCCAAGCAGCGUCAGGCGAUCACCGAUGGACUGAGGGAGAACAUACUGAACUUUUCGCACAAGGUGACCGGCACUAGCGCCAAGGAAGUCAUGGACCUGAUCAUGGUGACGCAGUACUUUGACACGAUCAAGGACCUCGGCAACUCGUCCAAGAACACCACCGUGUUCAUCCCCCACGGCCCCGGUCAUGUCCGGGAUAUCGGCGACCAAAUACGCAAUGGCAUGAUGGACGCAGCUGCCGGUGCACAGGGGAACGAUUCUUAAUGCGAGAGAGGCGCCUUGAAACGUUACAUAAUAGUGUUCUCACACGGGAUUCUUUCAGACUAAUUAAGAAGUAAGAACUCUAGGUAUAUGAAUAGUUUGGUACAGCAGGUAGGUUAUGCCUAAAAUUUCUUUAUUUUGUAUAAAGAUACAUGAUGUACCACUACUGUAUUAUUUGUUGUUUAGCCACAGACAUUGGGAUCUUAGUAUGAAGUAUGAACUAUAAUUACGAGAGUAGAAAAUCUUUGUCCACCACCAAAUUACAAAUCAUGGCGACAGAAGUUCUACUAAGCAUUUUGCAUAUUAGUGCUCUAAAUUACUCAACAAACUUCGGAGAUUUUGAGGGUGCACUCAAUG